CGCAACCCAAGUCUGCCCAUCUCCUCCUUCUCCAGCUCUAAAAUCACAUCAAUUUCAAAUUGCCCUAAUGAUAAUUUGGGAAAGGAAGAAACUUCAAUAGCAAUCGGAAAUGGGGAGCUACAAUUCCUACAAGAUGUUCGGUUGCUUCAACCGGAAAUUCAAAAUUAGCGAGAGGGAGCCUCCGCCGGAAGUUAGGGAUGUGUUCUCGCGAUACACCGAGAACGGUCCCCACAUGAACGCCGAUCAGAUGGCCAGGUUUCUGGUGGAGUACCAGGGGGAGGAAGGGUGCACCGCCGAGGACGCAGCCGAAAUCAUACAACACAUUCACCACCGCCGCCGCCACCAUUUGCCCCAGCAUACCCACCACCCUUCCCCCGCCGGCUCUCUUGAUCUGGAAGAUUUCUUUGAUUUUCUAUUUCAAGAUGAUCUCAAUGGACCUCUCAAACCCCAGGUAUGGCAUGACAUGACUGCCCCAUUGCAACAUUACUUCAUAUAUACCGGUCACAACUCCUACCUGACAGGGAAUCAGCUCAGCAGUCAAUGCAGUGAGAUUCCUAUUAUUAGAGCUCUUGAAAGAGGUGUGAGGGGUAUUGAAUUGGACUUGUGGCCUAAUUCUUCUAAAGACAAUAUUCAUGUCCUUCACGGAAGCUUUGGAGAUUUUCAGGACAUUAACGACUCCAAUCACUUGACGCCUGAACUUCAAGCCAAGGCUGCAGAGAUGUUGACUCAAGUGUUUGGGGAAAUGCUUUAUUACCCUGAGUGUCGAUGUUUGGGAGAUUUGCCUUCGCCCGAAGAGUUAAAGCACCGUGUUGUUCUUUCUACCAAACCACCCAAAGAGUACCUUGAGUCAAGACACCAAAACAAUGACAGAGAAAAUGCCUCUCCAAUUUGGAAAUAUUCAUCCGAAGAUGACUAUUCUUUGAAAGAGAUUUCAGAAAAUGGAGCUGAUGGGAGCGGUUCUGAUCAAGAUGAAGAAUUAAGCAAAGCAUCUACAUGCCAGCCUGACGCUUCAUUAAGGAAAGAGAUGCCCGGAAAUAGAGAUGAACCACAAGAUGAUGACCUGGGAAAGAAUAAUUUAGAUGAGGAUGAUAAUAACAUUCACUCGUCAAGAGCACUUGAGUACAAGCAUCUGAUUGCGAUACGCGCCGGAAAGGCAAAGCAAGGCUUGAAGCAUGCAUUAACAACACUACAAGAGAAAGUGAAGCGUCUUAGCUUGAACGAGCAAGAACUUGAAAAGGCAGCUGGGCUGUAUGGCACUGAUGUUGUCAGUUUUACGCAAAAACAUAUUCUGAGGGUGUAUCCAAAGGGAACACGUGUGACAUCAUCAAACUUCGACCCUAUGCUUGGGUGGAUGCAUGGAGCUCAGAUGGUUGCAUUCAACAUGCAGGGAUAUGGGAAGUCGCUGUGGUUGAUGCAUGGGAUGUUCAGAUCAAAUGGAGGUUGUGGCUAUGUGAAGAAGCCUCAGUUCCUCUUGGAAAGAUGUCCGGACGGCGAGGUUUUUGAUCCCAAAGCAACCUUAACAGUGAAGUUGACAUUAAAGGUGAGUGUUUACUUAGGGGACGGAUGGAGGCUAGAUUUCAGCCACACUCAUUUCGAUUCCUACUCCCCGCCAGACUUCUACACUAAGGUACAUAUGGUAGGAGUGGGGGCGGACUGCGGGAAGAGAAAGACGAGAGUCAUAGAGGAUGAGUGGGGCCCCAACUGGGGAGAAGAGUUUGAGUUUCCACUGACAGUUCCAGAGGUGGCAUUGCUCAGGAUCGAGGUGCGGGAAUACGACAUGUCCGAGAAAGAUGACUUUGGAGGGCAGACCUGUCUGCCUGUCUCUGAAAUCCGGCCCGGUAUCCGCUCCGUUCCUCUCCAUGACAAGAAAGGGGAGAAGCUGAAAUCUGUGAGGCUGCUCAUGCGCUUUCAGUUCUAAUUGUAGCUCUCUCUCUCUCUGAACACUCACUGUAAAUAUGGGAUUGUACGUAUGUAGUUCUGUAUAUAGCAGUGUACUUGCUGCUGCAAUCUCCGAGUUACUACACAAUUUUUGAAGUGUCUAAGAAAUGUUCUCAUUAUACUUGUUGAUUAAUAUGCUUAAAUAAUCCUAGCUUAUACGGAGUAUGAAUUAGAUUUUUCAAACCAAGAAAUGGUAAUGUUAUUA